AAUCUAUCAUCUUCCCGUAGAACAUUUAUCACUUAAGAUUGAACGAAAUGUAAAAGCUGUUAGUAUGGGAAAAAAGGAAUAUUUUUUUCAAGAAAUUGUUGAUGAGGAUCAAACAACGUCCACCGAUCAAAUAGAAACCACGACAGAAAGACAUUUCAAAUGA